AUGGAGUCUCUGGGGGAGAAGAACCAAACAGCCGUGACAGAAUUCAUCCUGCUGGGAUAUGGGAGUGUUCCUGACACUCAGGUGCUGCCCUUUGUGGUGUUCCUUCUGAUUUACAUGGGAACUGUGCUAGAGAACACUGUCAUGGUUCUCAUCAUUCGUAUCAACCCUUGCCUUCACACCCCCAUGUAUUUCUUCCUUAUGAACCUGUCUCUCUUAGACCUCUCUUACUCCUCAACCAUUGCCCCCAAAGCCAUGGCCACCUUCCUACGAGGCAGCAAAGCCAUUUCCUACAAUGGAUGUGCUGCUCAGUUGUUCUUUUUUGCUCUCUUUGUCACCACAGAAGCCUUCAUCCUGGCAGCAAUGGCAUACGAUCGAUACACAGCCAUCUGUGACCCACUCCUCUAUCCUGUCACCAUGUCUAAAAGGGUCUGUGUUCAGCUUCUUGUGGGAUCCUAUAUCUGUGGUGGCACAAAUUAUCUGGUGCAAACCAGCUUCACCUUUACACUUAGCUACUGUGGACCUAAAGAAAUCAACCAUUUCUUCUGUGAUGGUCCCCCACUACUAAACCUGUCCUGCACCAAUAUGUACAGCAGCGAACUUAUGUUCAAGGAGAGCUACACAGUGAUGAAAGAAUUCAUCCUGAUGGGAUUUACAAGCGGAGCUGGGAUUCAGGUGCUGCCCUUUGUGGUGUUCCUUGUGAUUUACACAGCCACGGUGCUAGGGAACAGUAUCAUGGUUCUCAUCAUUCGAACUGACUCUCGCCUUCACAUCCCCAUGUAUUUCUUCCUCAUAAACCUCUCUCUCUUAGACCUCUGCUACUCCUCAACCAUUGCCCCCAAAGCCAUGGCCACCUUCCUACAAGGCAGCAAAACUAUUUCUUAUAAUGGAUGUGCUGCACAGUUCUUCUUUUUUAUUCUCUUUGCCACCACAGAAGCCUUCAUCCUGGCAGCAAUGGCACAUGAUCGAUACAUAGCCAUCAGCAACCCACUUCUUUAUCCUGUCAUCGUGUCCAAAUGGGUUUGCAUCCAACUCAUCAUGGGCUCCUAUAUCAGUGGUGUCACAACUUCUAUAGUGCAAACCAUUUUCACCUUUACACUGAGUUACUGCGGGCCUCAAGAGAUCAACCAUUUCUUCUGUGACGUUCCCGUCUUAAUAAACCUGUCCUGCACCACUGAUAAGCACAUCAACGAACUGGUAACAUUCCUCUUAGGUGGCCUCAUCAUAGGGAUCACCUCAAGAAUCACUCUCAUCUCCUACGCCUACAUCAUCUAUACUAUUCUCAGGAUUCGUUCUGCUAAGGGCAGGCUCAGGACCUUAUCCACCUGCUCCUCCCACAUGCUGGUUGUGACUUUAUUUUUCGGGACUGUUUUCUUUAUAUAUGCCCAGCCAGGUUCAUUAUAUUCCCCACAUCAGAGCAAGAUUGUGUCUGUGUUUUAUACCCUUGUCAUCCCCAUGUUGAAUCCCUACAUCUACAGCCUCAGGAACAAGGAUGUAAAAGAAGCUUUGAGGAGAAUCAUAGGUAGGAAAAUUACUUCAAAAUAA